GAUGCACUCGCCAGAGUGGGGCAGACGGACGUGUUCAUCGGCAUCGAGAUCAUCUUCCUGAGCAUCUUCAUAGUGGAGAUGCUCUUGAAGCUCCUCGUGCUGCGGCUCCGAUACUUCCAGGGGCUGUCGAACGUGUUCGAUUUCUUGCUGGUGAUCCUGGGAAUUGCGGGCGUGGCGCUUCACUUUGCGAGCCAGCAGCAGAGCGAGACUGGGACGGCGGACCUGAGCACGGAGGGGAAGUUGCUGCGAACCACGCAGACCUUCCGCGUCUUCCGGCUUUUCCGUGUGUUCCGGCUCUUCCGCAUGGCGACCGUGUUGAAAGCAAAGCUCGCCGGACGCGGCACGCUGGAAGCUUCCCAGCAUCUGCAUACCAUGGCUUUGCUUGACGGGUUUGUGCUCGCGCACAUCCGUGCGCAGAAGGCUAUGGUUCACUUCUUCUGUCAUCGAGGUCGCGUUGACAGCCGGGAGGUUUGUAGGGUCAUCGUCCAGUCACAGAUCCAGGUCUUCCGUGCCAUGCGGGAGUCUGUGAGGGAGGAGACCCGGGUGGGUCAAACCGCUUUGGGCUGGGUGAGCACACUGCGGGGCAGCAUGAAAGCAGUACGCGAGCUGGAGCACUUUGUGCUGGAGGCACGAAAGAUUGGUCUGCUCGCGGCAACUGACAUCGAGUCGCUACUGCAGCCGCUGCACGACCACAUGGAGAAGCUGGAGAGGCAGUUCCAUCGGGCCUUUGACGGCGAAGCCGUGCAGGACGAAGAGGAGGGCGAAGAUGACGAAGAGAAAGAUGCCUCCUCUAGCGAAGAGUCAAUCGACGGACCCGGCCAGGCUGACAAGCUGCAGCUGGAGGAGAUCGAGGAGGUUGAGCUCCCACCUGAGCCACAUUCUCCCGGCGGAACUCCUUCGCCGACAGGCGUCCAGCUGAGUGUGCUUCCUGGUGAGCCUGAGCACGGUUAA